UAUCGAUUUUAAUUUCAAUUCGAUGUUGUGAAGGAUUCGAACUUUUUAAUUGUUUAUGAAAAACACGCCAGAACUUUUUCCCUUGUUGAAUGGGUGAAUAAAAUUUUUCAAUCAAGUCAUCACCAGCAUCGCAUCGCCCGGUACCUGAUUUUUCCCCGAGUUACGAAAAAAAAAAUUCGCAAAAAUUCCCUCGAAAAAGAUGCCACGUUGUCUUAUGGCGAAAAAGUGGAAGGCCUACCCGUGGCCCGACAGAUCGGAAGAGCCAAGUACCUCGUCCUCUUCCAGUCAAAGUCAUUCGCCGCCACAACCAGCUCCCAGUCAGGAACCACCCGUCACACAAACUCCGGCCGUUGCAUCGGAAGUCGUGAUUGACGAGGAAGAGGAAAUUGACGUGGUCGGCGAUGCCAAUAACGGCACCACAAAAAGUGUCGCCACAACACAACAAUCAUCGACGGGCUGGGGACCCUCGAGUCCGACGGCAGGUGCUACGGCGCCAAGCCCCCCGCCACAUUCCCCCGAAGCGACACGUGGUUCCACAAUUAUGUAUAACGGUUACGGUCACGACAUUUCGCCAAUGCAUUUCACAGCUUACCUGCCAAGACUCAACGGUUCCGAGCACCCGGAUGUGACGUCACUCCUGGCGUCCUCCAAUUCCAGCAACAGUUCGAGCAGCAGCAGCAGCAGUAGUAGCAACAGUCCCACAUCCGCAGUACCCCAUUACCUUGCAUUCCACUCGCCGACGGGCGAAAGUAGUAAUGCCGCCAACAAAAAGAGUCUCGCAAUGUGCUUUACCAGUACGGGAGCUGCUUUGUCACUGCCGCCCAAAAAGAAGGACAUUUAUCGCCCGUACUCCCUCGAUGACAGGCCAUCGCACCACACCUCUCGUACCUACGAAAUGCGAAUACCGGCGGAAGAGGAUUUGCAUGCAGCGCACGCCAUCUUGGAUCUGAGUGCAUCAACGGCAUUUCUGCCGCCACCUCCAACGCCAUCUAGCGGCAAAAGCAGUAGUUCGAAUGUCACGACAAUUUUAGUGUCGUCGCCGGCCCAUUCAUCGUCGUCGUCGUCAGACUCGAUGCACUUGCAGCAUCUGGUCCAGAACGAAAACAAAAAUAACACAAAUAUAAUUAAAAGUAGCGAAGCAUCCUCUGCCUCCAGUAGUAGCAAUGGCGGCAGCAAUAGUAACGAUGCAAAUCGCGGUGAUUCUCUCGAAAAUUCGGGCAGCACCAAAACAGUCGCGUACACUUAUGAAGCAUUUUUCGUCAGUGACGGUAGGUCCAAACGGAAAAACCCGGCAGAGGUAUUGCAGCAACCCGAAAGCAAAACCAAAUAUACCUGUUCCGAGUGCGGCAAGCAAUAUGCCACGUCGAGUAAUUUGUCGCGGCACAAGCAAACGCACCGGAGUCUCGAUUCACAAUCCGCCAAAAAGUGCAACGUUUGCAACAAAGCCUACGUUUCGAUGCCAGCGCUCGCCAUGCACAUCCUUACGCACAAGCUAUCGCACAGUUGUGAUGUCUGUGGCAAACUCUUUUCGCGUCCAUGGCUCCUUCAAGGUCAUUUAAGAUCCCACACUGGCGAAAAACCCUAUGGAUGCGCGCAUUGCGGCAAAGCAUUCGCCGAUCGCAGCAAUUUGCGAGCUCAUAUGCAAACGCACUCUAUCGACAAAAAUUUCGAAUGCCAGCGCUGCCACAAAACGUUCGCUCUGAAAUCCUACUUGAACAAACAUCUCGAGUCGGCGUGUUUCAAGGACGAAGGCAGCACUGGCAUGAAUAUCCAUGCCCUCGAUACCUGCGAAAACAACAACACGCUCGUGAAAAACCAAAAUGGCGGCGGCAUUACGAUCCCCAUUCCGAUUGUCGGAACACCAGGCAGAUACUAACCGGGCGUCUCCACUUUUUAAUCAAUAUAUACGAGAAAAAAAACAGCUUUAAAUUUUUACGUGAACAAAAAACCACACACAUCGACAGUAGCGACAGGCAGCCUUAACAACGAACGUCGUCAACGAACACAUUUUUUUCGGGUGGUAUGAAAUUUUAAGUAAGUGACCUAAAAAAUUAUUAAUUAUUGAUAUAUAAUUAAUACGAUAUUUUUGUCACACUCGUA